AUGUCCCGCCGAGCACCACCCCGCGACUACGACGAGCAAGAUGAGUUCUAUGAAAUGGAACGCGAGCGCGAGCGACAUUAUAGGCCGCGCCGACGAGAUCGCGGCUAUGAGGAAGAUGAAUAUCGUCCCCGAAGGUCCGAGCCUCUACUUGAGGAUAUGGAGCGUAUGCAUAUCCGAGAACGUCCUAGGCGAGACUUCAUGGAAGAGAGCUUUGCUCCACCGCGAGCACGGGAUAAUGUGGCUGUCAUGCGAGAAAGGGAGGAGGUAGAUAUGGUCUCGCCUGAGCGAUCUGUGCCUCUAGACCGUGAUGAUGUCUACAUGCGGCCGCCUGGGCCCCGGCGCAGACCUCGUCCCCGUGAAGUAGACGAGGAAGAUUUUGUUCUUGAGGAGCGAGAGAGACGUCGGGGUAGUCGACGUCAUCCCCGAGAUGUUGACGAGGAUUUGAUUUUCGAGGAGACAGAAAGGCGUGGAGAUAGGAGACAUCGUCCUGACCGAGAGCGAGAAGUCGAAGAGGAUCUUUUCACUGACGAAGAAAGGCGUCGAGACAGAAGACAUCGACGAGAGCGAGUACCCGAAGAGGAUCUUACGUUUGAGGAACAACUAAGGGAGAGAAAUAGUGGUAGGAGGCGUCGCUCAGAGCAAGAAUUUGAGGAGAGUGAGGAACUUGUUGUCGGACGGGGGACUCGAGAAAGUAGACGCCAUCGCCGGGAAUUUGAAGAGGAUGGUAUGAUCAUUGAAGAUAGAGAAAUGCACAGAGGGAGCAGACGUCACCCAGAACGAAGGUCGGAAGAUGAUCUUCUCUCCGAAGAGAGAGAAAAACGCCACCGUAGGCGACGCCCAGAAAGGGAGUUUGAAGAGGAGCUCUUCGUUGAGGGACGAGUAAAAUCUGGAGGAAGAAGACACCACCCAGAGCGCGAAUUCGAGAAAGAGGAUAUGAAAAUUCGACACAAAGAAUGGGAAGAGCCUCCUUUACGUCGCGGAUGGGACAGCGAACUCGACAUUCGAUCGCGUGAAAGGAGAUUGGAGUUUGAGGAAGAGGAAACAUAUCACCGACCACGGGGACGGGGACGGGGACGGGGACGAGAACAGUCUCCGCCUCCCCAAAGGGUCGAGGUGGAAGAGGUCCUCGUGCACGAUGGGCCCAAAGAGCGACGCCGCGGCCCAGUCGAUUUUUCAAAUCAAGAAUCAGAAGACGAUGAUGUGAUCAUCCGGCGGAAGGACAAAGGGCCACGACAGGUUGACCGCGUUGAUGAGGAAAUCGUUACACGCGAACGGCGUGAAAAACGACGAAGUGUACCUUCGGAGGAUCUCGAACGUGAAUUAAGGGGUCUUCGGCGAGGAGUUAAGGAACAAGUUCCACUUGAUGAAGAGCUUAGUAUGCGUGCGCAGGUUGACUCCAAGUCACGCUCCCGAGACCUUGAAGAGGUUGAGGAAGAGAUCAGUAUUCGGAAAACAAAGGAUAAGGUCCCAUCUCGCAAGCCUUCGCCUUCUUUGGAUUCGAUACAUGUGCCCCCAAUCCAUCAGGACGUGUUUACCCACCAUAGGCACAUUGACCACGGCUAUAAAGAUGCUCGUACACCUCGUGUCCGCAGUCCAGAACCGCGGUCUCGAAGGGGUAGUUUUGAUGAGAUUGAUAUUCACCAUCGAAAAAUGCGAGGAGGACAAGUGUCAGAGGAAAAAAUAGUGCUCAAACACCGUGAUAGUGAAGAGUCUCUUGCUCCGGAAGAUUCGAUAUCGCCGACUAGCGGCCCAAGUCUUGAUUUCAAAGAUCCAUGGGAGCGAGCAUCAGCAUACACAACUCGUCGUCGACCCAAGCCACUAGAAGAUGAGAGCGAGUCAGCUUACAGCCGAAGGGAUGCACCUUCCAUGCGUGACAUGGAAGAAGAGAUAGUGAUCGAGAGCACACGAACAAUGGAAAAGGCCCCUAGAGGCACAGACGAAUGGUCUGUGGUGCAUGCUCCAUCCCAGGAGGAAGCCAUUGAGAUGACUGGAGCUCUAGACGUUGUUGAGGUCAAACCCCGACAGGCGUCGGUGGACGAAGUUGAAGUGGGAAGAGUUGCUCAGCAUGUCACAGAACCAGAGGAGACGCGAAAUGAUCGAUGGACCGAGAUAACCAAGAAACUGAUAGUGAGGGAAGCCAUUGAACGCAUGGGAUUCGAGUAUGAAGAGACGAGGACGUCGUACUAUAUCUUCUCGUUCCUCCAACCAGAGGACAUAGAUGAGCUUGUUGAAUUGUCCGACGAGAUUCGGAGUGCUCGCCGUAGACGCAUUCGUGAUAUUCAACGGGAGCGGUCGUCUGUGCCUGAUAUCACACCCCAUAUGAUACCUCGUACCAUUCCGUCAGGCUCACACAGCCGCUCACGUACUGUGGUUCGUGUAAAUGACGAGAACUUCAACAUACCAUCCCCCCAGCGAAGAAACCUCAUUCGCCAGCUCAAGGAUGCCCUACAAGGGCAAGAAGUCCCUGCCCCAUUCUGGGCCAUUGUCCAGUUGUGUGACCUCGACAAGCUUGAGAACAUUGUACAAAUGGCCCACCUUUCACUGCAAAUCAUGGACAUCUUGGCUGACCUCAGUUGUGGUCUUCCAUUUAAAUGGACGGUGAAACCAUCCCCCGCUCAAAGAGAUGCAGCAUUCCCAAUGCCGAAUGAUCCCCCUCCUGCUUGGAGUCAGCCGAAACAUGCUUCCCGAACUGCGAUUUGGGACGCCAGAGAACGAGAUGGACACAGAUGUGUCAUCACAGGCACCCGCAAGAUGUUCCUAGCCGUUCCAAUCUUUCCGUCUGGCUUGACCACCUCCCGCUUGCAGGAUGACCCGCUUUCUCCGACCAUUUGGAGGUUUACUGAUAUGUUCUGGGGACAGAGCACCACUCAGAGAUGGAGAAGAGCUGUGUUCAAUAACCCAAUCCAGCCCGACAGCCCUGUCAAUGAUUGCUCCAAUGUGAUCUGCCUUCGGAGAGACAUUCGAUCUGCAUGGACAUCUGGUUUGUUUGCCCUUCGCCCCGCCUGGAUUUCCGACGAUAUGACCGAAAUUGAAAUUGAGUUUUUCUGGCAGCCAAAGCCUGACCACGGGCUACACGAUGUGGUUGAUCUGGAAAAGCUUCCUAAGUCUAGCAAGUGGGUCAGAAAAGUGGACAACCUCGUCUUGACUGUAGGCGUUCGAGGUGAACGAUCUUAUCGCGAGAUUGAGUCCGGCCACCGCUUCAGAAUGACAACUGACGACCCCAUCAAGCGACCACUCCCGAAUUUCGACUUGCUGGACAUGCAAUGGCAAUUCAGUCGACUGAUCGCCUUGUCCGCUGCGAUCACUCUCUACGACGACGACGAUGAUGACGAUAACACAUCAGUGGCUACCCGAUCAAGCCAGGCUACUCAAUCACCCCAGAAUACCCAAUCCAACCAGCCCCCCAAUUCGGAAGAUUUGGGGGACAUUCUGGCUUGGGUUAAAUCUUCUUCAUCCGAUGCCGAUCCCAAUGCCGAUGACGAUUCCCCUGAGAGCGACUUCGUGGAGGACAUCAACGAAUUGAUGAUUGGCCCUCUGCCAGGGUCGAGCAGCUCAGAGAGUUAA